AUGCGGGAAGCAGGCGCGGACGCGGAUGCGCGAGCGAUCGCGGGCGAAGCCGUCGGCGCGCUCUUCGAGCCGACGCUUCGACGCGCGCGCCGAUUGAUGCAAAGCGAACUGGGAAAGUGGUCGUCGGAACAUCUCGCGCUCGCGUUGGACAUUUUCAUGGGGAUCGUCAACGACGAGGCGAUGGUCGCGGCCGGGCGGAGCAAGACGUCGAGCGAGGCGCUCGGCGCGCUCGGCGCGCUCGCGAGUUGUUUCGCGACUAAGCCGAGCGGCGCGUUCGAGCGCGCCGUCGUAGACGCGAUUCCGAGGCGUGCACUCGCUGUAGCACUCGCACGUGGAUUUGAAUUAGCGGUCGUCGAGGCUCGGGCGGGUGUGCGAGCGUCGCCGAACGAUGUGGAAGUGUUAGCGGAGAGCGCGGCGUUGGCGUACGCGAUGACGACGUCGCAGGGGCGAGAAGAUGCGACGACGCUGGAGCCCGUGUUGCGGGCGCUGUACGCGUUUUUGACGCUUGACAGUGCACCGUCGAGAGACGCGACGUUCACGGCGGGUGUGACGCUCGCGAGGGCGUGUUGCGACGACAAUCGUCCUGAGACGUCGCUCGAGGCAUUGGAGGCGACGUUUUUUGCCGGAGCGCGCGGUGCUUGCGAUGGCAGCGCGCUCUUGCGCGCCGCGACCCGAGUGGCUAGUGCAGACGAAACGAUGCGAGCGUCAUCUUUCGGUGCGCUUGCUGUGCUUCGUGGAUUUAUCAUCACGGCUGACGACGCAGCCCUCGCACGUCGGCGAGACGGUGACGCGAUAUUUCACGACGUGCUGCCGGCCAUUUGCGAGUUUAUCGAGCACGGCGAUGAUGUUCAUCAUAGAUUUCACGCUGUUACGUGUUUGAAAGUAGCUUUAGAAAAGAUGAAGUCGGCCGCGUCGAUGGGUGCGUUGAAAACGUUUCCAAGAGACGCGUUUGAUCGCAUCGCGUUUGUCAUCGCGUCGCGAUGGGAAGACACUUUCGGGCACACCGUGCGAGAAAUCCAGACGUGCUUUGGGUUGUUGCUCGAUAUCAUCGUCGAUUCAUUUGAGGCGCAGUACGAUGAUUAUGUCGAUCGCGUUAUCUCGCGAGCGUUGCGACGGCCAGCAGAGCAGAAGAGCAAGUACCUCGCCCUGCGCGUACUCAUUACCAAGUUUGGCGCUACACGCAUUCUUACGGCGGAUUUGGAUUUACUCUCAAAAACGCUCGACGCCAUGCGAGAGGCGUCGAUUGCACCCGCGGCAUCCAGUAUGCUCGCCGACUUGUCGAGUGCGUACAUGAGCGAACUCAAAUCCAUUUCAAAGUGGCGCGAGUGGUGGCUUCCGUGUGUGACACGUUGCGUGUCCGCGGAAUCCAAGGCACGCGCGCCGAUCGUGACUUAUGUCCUGCCGCUCUUUUUUAAACAGGACGGCGAAUCCGUCAUCGAGUUUACGAAGCAUCUCUCGAAUGAAGCUAAACGAGACUAUCGGAACGACAAUCUCAUCGCCGCCGUCGUUUCCGUGCUCAAAGUGGCUCGUAAUUUACAAAUGGUUGAUCCCAGUCGCAUCACCGUCGUUCGGGCGGCGGCUAACGGAGACGCCUCGACGCCUUCAUAUGAGGUUGACCAAAUCGUUAUCGACCACGCCAUGGCGAGCGUGGACAAAACCGCGCGUCUCGAUGUGCUCGAAUGGCUUUGCCUGGAAGGGCGACGCGGCUCGGCCACACUUCCAGGGUCAUACGAACUCAAGUUAUUGAAGCGCAUGGUUUCCGCCAAUCUCAGAGGAGAAUCGGUUUCCUUUCGGAGCGCCAUCGUGACGCUUGUGUCUAAAGUCUUCGUGCGUAUGUGGACUGGUGUCAAUCAAAUCGGACAAAAAGUCCGACGUCGCGGAGAAGCUGCGAUUAAGAAGGGCAUCGUCACAAACCGAGCAAAGGAUGAUCCUUUGAAGUCGGAUAUCGAGCGCGCGACAGAGGUGCAUGCGUUCGUCGCGGAGAUCGUAUGCGUGUUGAUUGCAAACGUGUAUCCAGGCGCGCCAUUCGAGCGACGUUGCACCGCACUGGAGCUAUUAAACGUGAUUGCGGAUACGUGGAAGACUGCUGAUGAUUUUGAACUUACUGAGAAACACGGAACGGUCGAACAUGGCCACGACGUCAUCAUCGCGCGACGGUUGCUGACUUCGCCGUACGACGCAUACAUGAGGGAUGAAGCGUUUACGAAUCUAUUGCUCGGAGCUCUCGUGGACAGCUGGGAGAAAUUGCGAAUGACUGCGUUUGAUUUAUUGCGAAGGCAUCCGGCACCGCUGGCGGGUAUCGAGACUCCAGAAAUACUUGCAAAACGGCUCGAGUGGGCUUUGCAGCUUUUACGAUCGCCUCGCGUUCGUGAAAGUGGUGCGGCGGCGCUGUUGAUUCGUUUACUCAUUCGUAAAUACGGUUUCGACUUGAACUGGCGUAUCCACCUUGGUCCAGUUACUCAGGUCGUCGAACACGCGAGAGACGCCGCAGACGUGGCGAAAUCAGGAGCUACUAUCCAGGUCAUGGAAUCGCUGUGCGACUUACUCGAACAAGAUAUUGCGCUCGCGGAACGAGACGUCAUGAAAGCGAGUCAACGCUCACUUGCACAUGGUGCCGUUCUUUUGACGAGAUUUGCACUUUGUGAGAUUGAUUUGAAUGGCAAAUUCGACGAGUCGACUCAGAAGCGAAUACAGGACUCCGCGAGUCGUUUAAUGGCGCUCGCGGGACGCGCCACAGAUUUGGCUUUGGACUUCAUUAGUCAGCCUGAUGCCUUGGGUGCGACGGCGGAGGAGGUCAAAACUCUACAACACGACGAUCUCAUGGACGACGCCGAGGAUGUUGACGACGACGCAUCACUCGAUCUCGCGCCCAAGGCUCAAAUCAUCACGACAGCGUGCUGGCUGACGGUGAAGGAAACGAGCCUACUCACGGGUGAAAUCAUAGCUUCGUCCACGGAUGUAUUUUCGUUCGAUGCGAUCAAAUCGACGGGCGAGCGCUUGAUGAAAGUGUUGUUCGCCGUAAAACACACCGGUGCUCUCGAGAAAACACGCAUCGGUAUGACUGCAGUUUGUUCACGCUUGAUGCGAUCGGACGACGCUGCUAUGAAAGCGUUACCGCAGCGUUGGCUUGAAGACCUUCUUGAUCAACUCAAUCGCCCUGGUCAAGGCAUUCGUGAUCGCGUUCGACGUUCGGCGGGCUUACCGUACGCGUUCAUGUCCAUCCUUCUCGCCGAACCAAAAGGACAACCGAGACUGGCGCUUGACGGCGCGCUCCCUCGCUUGCUCGAUAUUGCAUCUGGUGUUGUGAGCUCGGACAUUCCCCGAGUGCAUGCCUUCAACGUUAUUCGUGUCAUUUUCGCCGAUCGAGAUUUGACGAUGGACACCACACCGUACGCCGCGCGAGGUGUGCAGGUGUGCAUCGACGCUUUCUCUUCGCCAACUUGGGAGAUUCAAAACGCCGCGACACUGGCUUUUGCGUCGCUCUUGACCAAAGUGUGUGGUUACAUGAACACCGUGACGCGCGCGCGCCAUUUCACCGCUGACGGUCGUCACGAGGUGAAAUUCGUCGAGUUUUUCCAAAGGUUCCCAACACUCAUGACGUAUUUGGGCGCCGAACUCGAAAAGGCAACGAGCCUGUCGUGUUUGGAGACGUCACUCGACGUCCAUCCGAGCUUGUAUCCAAUACUAGCUCUACUCUCUCGAUUGAGACCGAGCUUGGACAAAGACAAGAGCGCGUACACCGAUGGUAAAUGUGGCGACGACUUCUUCGUUCCGCUCGUGCGAUGCAUGUCGGGUAGAUAUCUCGCCGUGCGCACCGCCGCGGCGCGCGCUAUGGUGCCCAUUCUACCGUCCACGCGUUUGUGCGAGUACAUCGACAAGAUAUUCACCUUCGAGCUCGUCGAUAAAGUAAACCUCAACGCCAUUCACGGAGCGUUGCUGUGUUUCCUCGAAGUCAUCAACGAAGUCCGACGGUCAGCGUUCUCUGAUGACGUGUGCUGGGCGGCAUUCUCCGCCGACGCGUCCCGGCGCUUAGUCGCAUUCGCCGAGUGUGCCGUCGGAGCGCCGUGUCCGAUGAUUUCUGCGACAUGGCUGAGAUGUGCUGAAGCCAUUGUCGCGAUUGAAAACUCAAAGCGCAAGUGCGCGCGCUCAAAUUGCGCGUGCCGAACAACGGGGGAUGAAAACGCGAUCGGUGAAAUGUUGCGAAUGAUUUGGCAGUGUGCCGCACCAGUACUAUCGGCAAACGCGGAAGGUCAUCCAGGGGCAUCUGAGUGGCAUAGAACAGCGGCAGGAGCGCGAGUACGACUCACAUUAGGAUUCGAUUCUUGGCUCGUGCCGCUGAAUGAUGGCCUUUGCGCGAAUUUGGACACGGGCGACGCCUUGACGGCGUUGCUCGAUACUAUCAGUCAAGACUUGCCGUAUGAAUACCGCGCUGAGGCGUACAAAACCAUGUUCAAAACACCCAUUACGAAAGAUACGAAAGUUUUGAGCGAUAAGUUGCGUCAUUUCGCCGCGGAAAAUCUCGCGACAGAGUCGCGACACACGUGCGCACGUCGCGCGCUUCAGUGCAUCGAUUUGUGGACGGCAAGCAGCGAUGCGAAUGUCUCGUCGACCGUUUUUACCGCCGUCGAAAGCAUUACAUUUUCGAGCAUAAACGAGCGCGUGCGAUCGGAAGGCAUGCGAUGUCUUGCGGUGCUGUACAAGCGUCGCAUUGCCCAACAAAACGGUUCGUUGAAUAUUGACGAUUUCAAGUCGUUGGACAAGUUUACGCGUGCUUUGUCCAUUGGAUCUGCACCUGCGCAGUCCGCGGAGACUCGUCGCGCCGCUGUCGACGCACUCGCUCGAGGGGAUCUGUUGCUAUACCUCAAUCUUGAGAACGUUAAACGACAGGAGUCGAGUCACGACUUUCCGGCACAAGUGGCGUUGUCGACAUGGAAAUGCGCGUUGACGCUCGUCGAAGACGAGGAUGUUGAAAUCCGCGCGAAGGCAUCCAUCGCCAUCUCUCGCGCAGUGGCCCCGACGGUACCUAGCGCUCAUAGUGAAGAAAGUCUUUGCGACGCUUUCGCACACAUGCACUCCAACUUUGCCGGCCUCAGAGAAUUCGAUGAUUACUGCGUCCAACUCGCUCGCGGUUUGGCGCACGACGAGGCUAGCUUUGCGAGUGUCAUUUCCAACGCCACGAGUGUUCGUCGGCUCUUCGAUAAGGAAGCAGAUAAUAUACACGCCGAACCUCUGUUGUUGGCGCAGAUCGCUGCGACUCACGCUUCGCAGACGCUCGAUGUUGAACGCGCGAGGGAGGGUCUCAGAGACGUCACCGAGCGAAUCGAAUGCAUGUUGCGCGCGCUGCGAGCGUCUCCCGAAGACGUGUGGGUGGGCGGCAUCGCGGGGCACGAGGCCUGUUUCUUACCAAUCAGCAACGCGAUUCUCGGUGCGAGCGUGUUUGCAAAAGCGCUUGAGCGCCAAAACCUUCCCAGUGGUGAAUCGUUCCGCGAGACGAUGCGCUCGGCGAGCGCGGCGAUACCUCAGCUGCGAUUAUUCGUAAACGGCGGACUCGACAUGUACGACCACGUGUAUCUCAUGAAGCAUCGCUUGUGGCACCUCGGCGCAAUCUCCUAA